CUUGUGGCCCAAGAGGGCGGGGCGGGGCUGAGGUCUCCGGUCUCGAGCGGGAGAUAAGGUUUGGGGAGCCCUGCCGCCCACGUGCCCUCACCGGACCGGAGCGGGUAUUUCUCCGCCUCUCCCCGCCCUUUCAAGGAAAGCGAAAGUGAAGGGGGAAGUGGAAGCUCCGGGGCUGAGCUGAUCGCGGCGCCAUGAAGCCCCUAUCUCUGCUCCUCGCCGUGGCGUCGGCCUUGGGGACGGCCGUCUCGGCGGGCCCGGCGGUGAUAGAGUGCUGGAUGGUGGAGGAUGCGGGCGGGGGCCGCCUGGCCAAGAAACCCGCGGCCCUGCUGCUGCGCCAGGGCCCGGGCACUCCACCCCCGCGGCCGGACCUCGAACCCGAGCUCUACCUCAAAGUGCACGACCCCGCGGGAACCCUCCAGGCCGCCGUCAGGAGGUACCCCUCGGACGCCCCCCCGCCACACUGCGAGCUCAGCCGCUUCAUCCCGCUGCCCGCCUCGGCGAGGUGGGCCCGUGGCCUGACCCCGGGGCGGAGCUGCCCGCGGGCCCUGGACGGGGCGUGGCUCAUGGCCAGUGUGCUCAGCCCGAUCUUCAGCCUCUCCUGCCUCCUGAGACCGCAGUCCGAGCCUCAGCCCGAGCCUGCGCUCUUCACUUCGGCGACAGCUGUGCUGACUGUCCUCACCUACAGCCCCAUCGCUCAGAUCCAACUGGGACAAGAUGCUCUGCUGGACUUGAGAUUUGCCUACAUGCCCUCCAUCUCUGAGGCUGCUGCAUCACUGGCCCCAGGUCCCCCUCCCUUUGGGCUGGAAUGGCGACGCCAGCACCUGGGAAAAGGGCACCUACUCCUGGCUGCAACUCCAGGGCUGCAUGAGCAGAUGCCAGCUGCCCAAGACGGGGCAGUGGCAUUUGCCGCCUGGGAUGAUGAUGAUCCAUGGGGUCCAUGGACUGGAAACGGGACCCUCUGGCUGCCUGCAGUACAGCCUUUCCAGGAGGGCACCUAUCUGGCCACUGUACACCUGCCAUACCUGCAAGGGCAGGUUGCCCUGGAGCUUUCUGUACAGAAGCCCCCCAAAAUAUCCUUGACACCGGCACCUCUUGUCUGGGCUGCCCCUGGGGAGGCACCCCCCGAGUUGCUCUGCCUUGUGUCCCGCUUCUAUCCUGCCAAGGGCCUGGAGGUGGAAUGGGAGCUCCGGGGUGGCCCAGAAGGCAGCUUUCAGAAGGCUGAGGGGCAGAGCUGGCUCUCCGCCCUGCGCCACCACUCAGAUGGCUCUGUCAGCCUCUCUGCGCACCUGCAGCCCAUCCCAGUCACAGCCAAGCACCAUGGAGCGCGCUAUGCCUGUCGUGUCCACCACCCAACCUUGCCCACCUUGGGGCGCAGUGCAGAAGUCACCCUGGAGGUGGCAGGACUCUCUGGGCCCUCCCUGGAGGACAGCGUGGGCCUCUUCCUGUCUGCCUUUCUCCUCCUCGGGCUCAUCAAAGCGCUGGGCUGGGUGGCUGCCUCCAGAUCUACUUCAAAAGAUCCAAAGGAGAAGAAAGCACAGUGAGGCCACUCACCACCAUCCUGGGGAAGCUGCCACCAUCUCUGGCCUGAGCUACUGGAGUAGCUCCCCCAAAUUGUACACCAUCAUCUUGCUCCCUCCAAUCUCUCUCCACAGAAUGGCUGGAAUGCUUUUUCAGAGGAUACAAAUCUGUAGCAUUUCCUUUCUUAGAGUGCUAAGGCAGUGCAGUGGUUCUCAAAUUCUUUAAGUCUCAGGACUGCUUAAAAAGCGUCAAGGACGCUAAAGAGCUUUCGGUUAUGUGGGUGACAAACUACAGAUAUUUAUGCUACCAGAACUUACAACGGAGAAAAAUUUAACAAAAGAAUACGCAAGAACAUGUUCCAUUAGUUGUGAGGACAAGGAUAUCAGCAUGCAGCUUCUGGAAAGCUCCAGGGUGCAUUUCUUUGGAGAGAGUGAAAGAGGCAAGGAACAUUUUAGUAUUGUUACCAAUAGUCUUAACUUUGCACACCCACUGAAAUAGUCUCCAGGACCUCUGGGACAAGGGCCACACCUGAGAACCAGUGCCCUAGAAGCCAAACCCAUUCUUGUCCUGCUAUGCAUCUCCGGGGCUGGAGCCACUGCCUGCCCCUACAACCCCACCUGGUGCCCUCCAGCCCUUUCCUCAGUGUUCAUCUCACCGAACGUCAUUUCUCUUUUCCAGUGGCUCCCACCUUCCCCGUCUGUUCCGUAUGUCAGGUCCACCCCUCGCCCUUCUUGGGCUGCAGACCAGGUCAGCCUCAUUCCCUCACACCGCCGCGUGUCCCUCCUGUGCGGUUCACCACACUUGUAUUUGAAUGAUUGUGCGAAUCCUUGUUAGAUGUCCUUGUUAGAUGUGCGAAUCCUUGUUAGAGGUCCGCUCCCGGGACUGCCGGUUCCUCAGAGGCAGGAACGUGUCCGUCCGUCCGCCGCGUGGUCCCUGCUCCCGCACAGGCCCGGUGCCCGCUGGAGGGCGCUCAACGCAAACAUUAGUCCUUUUUUCGUCCUCUGUAUUUGAAAGCCAGUGUUGGACGAAGUAACUACUGGAGGAAGGAAGUGGCAGCUCGGACUAGGGACCUCCAAGGGAGGACGGUCAAUUAGACCGAAGCGGGUC